CACUCGUCGGACAAAGUAUAGAAGAGAGUAUUCCACUGUCCAGAGGGUUUCGAUAACAUCGGAAGUAGAUAGCGCGCCUGCUCAACAACCUUUUCCACUUGCGUUUUCAAAGUGGUAGGCGGCGUUGUCGAUUCUAAUCGGAACGGGCGACGGGCUCCUCCGGUCUCGAACGAUAUAAGAAAGUUUGUGCGAAACGUUAUGCUUGUUCAAAUCGCAAGCUUCGAUCCGCACAUAACCGCACCGUAUCGCUCGCUACUUCUGCAAGCUCGGAUUCCGACGACCAUUUUGAUCAUUCGACAUCAUGGAGCGUUGCGUUGUUGCACAACGUUGUGCCCGCCGAAGUUUGGUAAAGAAAGUUUUGCCACGUGUAGUAAUAGUGUUACUAGGAGCUACGAUACUUUCUAUCCAAUGCGUCAGCAGCAGCACUACAGAGCUUGAUAUUUUUCCGCUUCCCAGACACCGAUUGACCAACGCAAUGAAAAUGGGCCCCCCGAAGAAGCCGCUCAGCCAACUGGCCAAAAUUGUGAAUGGGCAAACGGCACACGAAGGUCAAUUUCCGUGGCAGGUAUCGAUCCGUGCGGCUCUUGGUCGAUCUGUAACCGUGUGCGGGGGCUCACUGAUUGAUGCGCAGUGGGUUCUGACUGCAGCACACUGUGCACACGAUUACAACGUGUUCCAAAUAGGUAUGGGAUCGAUACAUCUUAAUAUGGCCCGACUUACGAUGUCAGCAGUGGUCAAACAUGUGCACCCCGAGUUUGAUCCGUGGAAACUGACCAACGAUGUGGCACUCAUACGACUGCCGUCAGGCGUACCAUACAGUCUGGAGAUCUAUCCGGUCCAUCUACCGAUCACCGUUGCCGCGCAGGAAUCAUUCGUCGGUCACAAAGCGAUCGUAUCCGGCUUCGGGCGUACAUCUGACGCUAUUCAAUCGAUUUCGACGGAGCUAAAGUACGAAUCUUUACGCAUCAUAUCAAACGCCCAAUGUGCCACCGUCUAUGGUAGUUCAAUCAUACGCAAUACAACGUUAUGCGCCGUCGGCUGGGAUCGCUCAAACCAGAACGUUUGUCAGGGGGAUUCUGGAGGCCCGAUGGUAAUACAGCAGGCUAACAACGGCAUUUGGGUACAAAUUGGCAUCGUGUCGUUUGUCUCCAGCCGUGGAUGCAGUACCGGUGAUCCAUCGGGAUACAUUCGCACCGUCAACUACUUAGACUGGAUUGCAAGAACAACAGCCCUGCGUACACUAGCCUCAGUUUCGUAAACGUUUCGAGGACUCUUAAGGACGAUCCUACACCCUACCCUCCCUUCUCGAUAGACAUACUAAAACGCUGCUGCUUUGACCUUCGACAAUUCAAUGUCUUAUUGUGCUUGCUAGGCUCACCAGCUGGUGCGCGCUAAUUGAA